AUGGGGAAGCGGUACUUCUGUGACUACUGCGACCGCUCCUUCCAGGACAACCUGCACAACCGCAAGAAGCACCUCAACGGCCUGCAGCACCUCAAGGCCAAGAAGGCCUGGUACGACAUGUUCCGAGACGCGGCUGCCAUCUUGCUGGACGAACAGAACAAGCGGCCCUGCAGGAAGUUUCUGCUGACAGGCCAGUGUGACUUUGGCCCCAACUGCAGAUUUUCCCACAUGUCCGAGCGGGACCUGCAGGAGCUGAGCAUCCAGGUGGAGGCGGAGCGGCGGGCCCGGGAGUGGCCCCUGGACAUGGCGGACCUCCCCGAGGGCCCCCUGGAGGACUGGCUGGAGAGGAGGGCCAAGCGGCUGAGCUCGGCCCCGAGCAGCAGGGCUGAACCCAUCAGAGCCACCGUCUUCCAGUACCCUGUCGGCUGGCCCCCAGUGCAGGAGCUGCCUCCGUCCCUGCGGGCACCCCCGCCCGGGGGGUGGCCCCUGCAGCCCCGCGUCCAGUGGGGCUAG